AGAUAACCCUCUCGCGCUGCGCUAAGUGGCACUGUGGUCUGUUGAUUUUCUUUGCUAGCUUACAGUCAACAUAAGUAACCUAUCUGUGGUAAUGUAAAGACAACAUUUAGAGCAGGUUUUGUCGUGAGUCGGACAUUUUCUCGUGUUGCGCUCACCUUUGAAGACUUCUAGCACUGUGACCUAAAAGCUGACGCUCGUUGCCAGGUCUGGUUAUUUAUUCAGGUACGUCUUAGCUCAGAUAUCAAGGCGAACGUUACUUUUCAAGGAUGCAGGUGCAGAGAGUCGUUCUCAACUCAAGACCAGGUACAAACGGAGUGCCAGUUCCCGAAAAUUUCCGUGUGGAGGAAACGACUUUGACACCUGACCUGAAAGAUGGAGAGGUCCUUGUUCGGACACUUUACCUCUCAGUCGACCCUUACAUGCGGUGCAGAAUGAAUGAAGACACUGGUGUUGAUUAUGCAGCCCCAUGGCAGCUGUGUGAGAGUGUGGACGGUGGAGGUGUCGGCGUGGUUCAGUCCAGUCGCUGCAGCACUUACAGUGAGGGAGAUGUGGUCACUUCAUUCAACUGGCCUUGGCAGACGCAUGCUGUUAUGAAAGGAAGUGUCCUACAGAAGGUUGAUUCACAGUUGGUUGACGGACACUUGUCCUACUUUUUGGGUGCAGUUGGUAUGACAGGUCUCACUGCACUGUUGGGCAUCAGGGAAAAGGGUCAUGUGACCAAAGGGGCCAAUCAGACCAUGGUGGUGAGCGGCGCAGCUGGGGCCUGUGGAUCUAUAGCUGGACAGAUUGGACGGAUGGAUGGUUGUGUGAGAGUGGUUGGGAUUUGUGGUUCUGAUGAGAAGUGCAAAGCUUUAGUGGACGACCUGGGCUUCUCUGCAGCCAUCAACUACCGCACAGAGGACGUCUCUGCAAAGCUGAAGGAGUGCUGCCCUGAUGGGAUAGAUGUUUACUUUGACAACGUGGGAGGUGACAUCAGUGAUGCUGUCAUCACACAGAUGAACAAGGACAGCCAUGUGAUCCUGUGUGGGCAAAUCUCACAGUACAACAAGGACGUGCCUUAUCCUCCGCCCCUGAGCGAGGAGAUACAGGGAACCCUGCAGAAGAAGAACAUCACCCGGGAGCGAUUCACGGUGCUUAACUACAUGCACAAAGCGGACGCUUCCCUGUAUGAACUCAGCCAGGGAGUUAGAUCAGGCCACGUCAAGGUGCUGGAAACUGUAGUGAACGGCAUUGAAAAGAUGGGAGAUGCAUUUUGCUCUAUGAUGAAAGGCGGAAAUGUCGGCAAGCAAAUUAUAAAGAUAUCAGAGUGAGGAGAAUCACUGGAGCUGCUCUCACCAGACAGAGGCCUUGUUACCUACAGCUGCCUUUUGUGUCACUGUCAUCAACACUAACUUAAUGAACUCUAGAAUAAUAUUGCAUCGAUUUGCUGAUGCCAGUUGAUUAUAAUUAUGAACCAUGAGUGAAAAAUCACAGUGUUCUUUAAAAUUGUAAAAUCAACACCACUAACAGAGCUGUCGGACUGAAGAGAAAUUGGCCAAGGACAGAAAGAAGUGGAGGGACUGUGUUGCUGCCUUAUACACCAGCUGGCCCUGAGUAAUGGAGGAAGUGAGUAGGUGUAGAAUUAUAACUCCUCGUACCAUACCAAUACCAUGUGUCAGUGUAAUGAAUUCACUUGAGUUUUUUAAUUUUAAUUCUGAAAAAUUUGAUUCAUGAAAACUCACAAUUCCUCGAUAACAAUCUUGUUUAGACAGAAAUUUUUAUUUUUUUUCUCAGAAUUCUAACAUUAUGUUAAUAAUUUAGAAAAGCAGUCUCUUGUCAUGAAAACAUUUCAGAAACUAACAACGAAAUAAAACAGUAGAUUUUUUUCCAUGAUAGCAUUUCUCAUAACUCGGAGGUAAUACUCUUUUUAGUUCAGAAAAACAGGAGCAGAUUUUUUUCCAUUCAAAUUUUUAUCUGAAUUGUUUCUGAAAACUUUUAAGAAAGGCUGAAAUUCUUUUUUUUCACGGAAAUUUCUCAUAAUUCAGAGAUAAUAAUCUUGUUAAUUCAGGAAAACCAGCUGAUUUUUUUUUUUGAAAACAAUUCUCAUUAUUCUAAGAAAGGCUACUGAUCUCCUUAAUUCAGAAAAACAAGAGCAGACAUUUUCAUGAAAACUUUCAAAAUUCUUGUUAAUUCAGAAAAACUAUAUUUUCUCCAUAAAAAUGGCUCUCAUAAUUUGAUAUAAUAAUCUCAUUAUGUCAGAAAAACAAGUAGAUUUUUUUCUUGAAAAAAUUCUUAGAAUUCAGAGAUUAUAAUCUUUUUAAUUCUGAAAUAAAUAAUUUUUCCACAAAACAGUCUUAAGACAGAAAUUUUACUUUGUUCUCAGAAUUCUGACAUUUUGUCAUUAAUUUAGAAAAAACUGAGCAUUCUGUCUUCAUGAAAACUUUUCAGAAAUCUGAAAUAAAACAGUAGACAGUAUUGUUUUCCAUUAUCACCUUUCUCAUAAUCCGGAGAUAACAAUCUUGUUAAUUCAGAAAAACAAGCAGAAUUUUUUUCCAUUUUAAAUUUUUCUCAGAAUUCUGAGAUUGUCAUUUAUUGAGAAAAAUGAAGAAGUCUUUCUGAAAAGUUUUCAGAAAACUGAAAUAAAUUUUUUCCAUGAAAAACUUUCUCAUAAUACAGAGGUAAUAAUCUUGUUAAUUCGUAAAAACGAGCAGGUUCUUUUUUUCAUAUAAACUUUUCUUAGAAUUCUAGGAUACUAAUUUUGUUAAUUCAGAAAAACGGGGCAGUUUUUCCUCUCUUGUGCUCCAUAUUCUUGUUCACUCCCUUCUAAAACUUCCUGUGACAAUGAUGUGAACACAAACACAGAAUCCAUGACUUACUGUAAUGAACAUUUUAUUCCACAGCACUAUAAACCAUUAAUAAAAUAAAAUUGUGGUUGGCUCUAAUUUCAGUUGUCACAAGAAAAAUAUGUGGCAGGUGUAAAAUCAUCAUCUUUUCAUUCAUAUACUCAUAUUGUUUGAACGCAGGAGGGGAUGCAGAAUAAGUCAAUAAGUUAACAGCAGUACAUCACUUACAGUAAAUUCCCUCUCAGAGACGUCAUGGUGGUGGAGUCCAGGUCUGUUUGUUGUGUCAACAAUCAAAUCAGUGUUACAGUACAGAACAAUCACAACCAGAUUCAUAUAGAACAUAAUCAUUGAGCAUUAAUAACCUAUCAAAAAUGUCUCAUCAUGGUAUGGUUUUGGUGGUGCUUCUGCAAAAAUAAUAAAAACAGCUCCAUGCAUAAUUUGGAGGAUGGAAGUGAAACGCAACACAACAGCGCCUCCUUGUGGACAGAUUACAGAUCUUAUAAGAGGUACUGAGCAUCAUUAGAGAAUAACUCUUCAAUAACAAAAGUAUAUAAAUGUUUAAUAUCUGUCUGUAUGCAGGAAUUAUACAUUUGGUGGUGCUCCCGUACAAAAAGACUUGUCUAUGCAGAGAGGAGAGAAGAGCUUAUUAAACCACUGUCAGCAGGAGAGCACAUAAUUCAGUUUCCUCAGUGUCUCGCAGCUGCUCUAAUAUUAAACUGUCUUAUCACAGCACUGAGAACUGAUCUGCACUCACACUGGAGAUGGUUUAAAACAUACUGGGAUCUCUGUUAGAACAUUGCUGCUAUUAAAAGACUUGAUAAAUGUGGUCUUCACCCUAUUUUUAUUUUAUUUUGAUCAGUUUGUUCUUGUGGAAUCCAGAUACCUGCUGUUACUGAGUGGAAAGGACUGAAU